AUGGCCAGUCAUCAGUUUCAGCCACUGAUGAACGUUGCGCAAACCCUCAAGGAGGUACCAAGCCAUCUGGAGGAUGUUAAUAUUCACGAGCUUCUACAACUCUACCCAACACAAAGACUUACAGUUGGCGGCGAGACACUAGAGGAGGUGGACAUGGUCAUCAACUCCUUCUUGGUACUGAAAAAGAUGGAGCAGAACACAUCAGAAUCGAACAGACACAUUUAUGUCCUUCCCUCGUACACAGCCGUUCAGUGGGAUCAAGGUCACCUGGCCAUGGAUCACUGGAUGUUUAAGAAGGUUCAAUUCUCCAAAUACGCCCAUGUAUUCAUGCCGAUAUGUAUCAAUAGGAAUCACUUGGUGUUGCUGGUUGCAGACGAAAAAAAACAAAGAACUGUUUACGUUCUAGACUCUAUGCAUGGGGAGGUUGGUCAUAGUUGGACAAGGAUAUGGGCAGAAUUCAUGGCCAAUCGGGACAGUCUUCCAGAUGUUACAGAACAGUUUGGUGUGUGGAACUUCCCCGAGAUCAGAAGUGAGACAGGUGCUUUGCCAAAGAUAUCAAAAAAUACGUUAAGGCUCAAUGCUGGAGCAACAAAGUCAGACUCUAAGUGUGACAUGCCAGAUUGUCGGAUACUUAAAGGAUUUGGGUCCAGUGCUGCGGGAUUCCGACAAAGACAGCCAUCGAGGAGGAAUUUGAAUGCUGCUUCUGUGAAGCCAUGUUUAGACAGAUAUUUGUAA